CUGGCGGGCUUGUUUCCAUCAGGAUGCUCCUACCCAACCUUGAGGGAAAACCCGAGCUGGUGAGGGGGGGACGGUGGCCAGCAGCAUCCCGCGGCUCGUGGCAGAGCCCCGGCGAGGGCAGCCCUUGCCCCAUCCCUCCCUCCGUCCCUCUGCCCGCAGGUUCCCAGCAGCGGGGCCGGGAACCUGAACCUGCCGAGCCCGCCCUGCGCCGGCUGGCCCACUCCCUGCUGGCCCACUACCAGAAGGGCACCCGGCCUGUGCGGGACUGGCGAACGACCACCACCGUGGCCAUCGACCUCAUGGUCUACGCCAUCCUCAGCGUGGAUGAGAAGAACCAGGUGCUGACCACCUACAUCUGGUACAGGCAGCACUGGAUGGACGAGUUCCUCAGGUGGGACCCGGCGCACUUCGACAACCUGACGCACAUCUCCCUGCCCGUGGAGAGCAUCUGGGUGCCUGACAUCCUCAUCAACGAGUUCGUGGAUGUCGGAAAGUCCCCCCAUGUCCCCUACGUCUACGUUGGCCACCACGGGGAGGUGCAGAACCUCAAACCCAUCCAGGUGAUGACCGCCUGCAGCCUGGACAUCUACAACUUCCCCUUCGACGUCCAGAACUGCUCACUCACCUUCACCAGCUGGCUGCACCACAUCCGCGACAUCAACCUCUCGCUGUGGCGGCAGCCGGAGCUGGUCAAGUUCGACCGGAGCGUCUUCAUGAACCAGGGCGAGUGGGAGCUGCUCUAUGUCCUCAGCUGCUUCCAGGAGUUCAGCGUCAAGAGCAGCGACAGCUAUGCCGAGAUGAAGUUUUACGUGGUCAUCCGGAGACGCCCCCUCUUCUACACCGUCAGCCUGCUCCUCCCCAGCAUCUUCCUGAUGGUGAUGGACAUCGUGGGCUUCUACCUCCCUCCCAACAGUGGCGAGCGGGUCUCUUUCAAGAUCACCCUCCUGCUGGGCUACUCGGUUUUCCUCAUCAUUGUAUCUGACACGCUGCCGGCGACUGCUGUCGGCACCCCGUUGAUAGGUGCGGCGGCGCUGCCUGCCCAGCCGACUGCUCCGCGUCCUGGGCCUGGAGCAGCGGGAGCUCUGCCCUGCGCGGAGACCACCCGUCCCCUGGAGAGGCGGGGUCAGGGUGAGCCCGGUAACGCCAGGAUUGAGGUCACCUGCUCCGGGGAGCCGGGCCGGAGGGUGCAGCCCGACAGCGGUCACGUCCCGCCGCCACCGGCCAAAGCCAGCAAACGCGCCUACACUGAGCUGCCGAAGGAGCCGGCGGCAGUAAUUCAGCCUUAA